AUGCCUUACCAGAUGUCAAAAAUCAUGAUGCACAAAAUAUUUUGGUCAUUACCUUCAUUAGCAACAUUAAACUCAGCAUUACAACCCAAGCCUAACCCAUCAGGACCCAUACAAAACUUUUCAGAAGGGAAUAUAUGGCUUGAUGACAGUGUCAAUCAAGUAGAGAAUCUGUAUCAUUUUGAUACACCAUGCACUCAAGAUAACUUGAAUUUUCAUGACAUAAACCAGGAAAAAGGAGAGGGACACAUGCUUUAUGAUGCAAUUGACCCUUGGAAAUCACCAUCUGAUCAUCAAAAUGAAUUUCCUUCUCAUCUUGAAGGAGGACCUCAAGAUGGAAGCUUUUAUGAUGUUUUGGAUGCAUACUGGAAUACUUAUGGUCAGCUAGAACCACUCUUGCAACCUGAUGAGCUGGCAUCUCAUGGACCAGAAACCCAUAUGGAAAAUGAGAAAACUGCAGAUCAAAGCCAAGAGUUGCACUACAGAUCUCCAAAAUCUAGCAUGGACUUUGAUGCAUUGGUGCAUCCAACUCAAGAUAAUCUCUAUCCACAUAAAAGGAUCAAAAGUGCAUGCACUACCACCCAUGACAAUCACAAUACUCCAACACCAGGGAUGGAGGGAUUUACAUCCAUAGGUACUCCUGAGAAUGUUCCCUCAACAUCAACCAAGUCAAGUACACCAGGUGAUCUGAUUCUUGAUCAUACAAAGAUGGUCAAGAAGAGUCAACUUUUCCAGGACAGCAAGGAUGUCCCUACCAAUGAAGAUAUGUACCUCUACACCUUGUUGAAUGAGUUUUCUGGAAACCUUGAUCCCUAUCAAAACCUUUAUGACAGUCAUUCAAACCGUCUACCUGGAAAUGAGGGGUCUUUUGAAAGGCAAUCUCAAGGUUCAUCCUCAAGACAAUCAGAUCCAAUUGGCCAUUUGAUUCAAGACCCUUCAAAAACAUUCAAUCAACACCAAAAUGUCCAGGAAAGCCAUAGGGUACAUCACAAUUCUCCAUCUUCAGACAUGGACCUCUAUGAACACAUGCAUGCAUCUUCAGAAAACUUCCAUUCCCAUGAAGGGAACAAGAGCACAUGGCCCAUCAAGACAUACCACAACCAAAACGACUUCCCAGGAACUGGAGCUGGGGUCUCUGUAAGCCCAAACACUGCUCACAAACCUCUUUAUCCUGGUCCAAGCUCUUUCCAAGGGUCAAUGUCAAAGGCAUCAAACAAAUCAGACAAAGUAUCUAGUUCCAUGCAAAUUCAUUCAAAUGUGGUAAAUCAUGUUGUUAGUCCAGAAUCUGUGAUUGAACCUCACAAAAAGUGUCCUCAGAAUACAGAAUGGUAUGGUUAUGAUCAAAGCAAUCUCAUGGGAAUUCCUUCAAACAUUGUGGAUCAUGUGCUUAGUCCAGAAUUUAUGAUGGAAAUCCACAACAUGAAUCCUGCAAAUUCAAACUGGGAUGCUUCCAAUGAACUACCUGGAGUUGAGCAGAGUAUUUUACAGCAUGAAAAAAUGAACAUCCAAAUGAGAUCAGAUCAUAGGAUACCUGAGAUGGAAUCCACAACUAGUGAAUUGCAAUGGACCACUCCUCAACAAGCAUCCAGUGUGCAGGAUAAAGUAACUAAAACAGUUUCUCUUGAAACAGGCAAUUCACCACCAAGCACAAGCCACAGUCCUCAGAGAUCUGUAGCACCCAGAAACAUACACCAGAUUAAAAACAAUGAGGAUGUUGAUCAUUCAGGUUGUGUAGCUAGGUUCCCCCUCGUACCAAAAUCCAAAAACAGUAAGUUUUCAUCUGGCCCAUGUAGCAAAUUGCUUCCAAAGCUACAAAAAAUUGGCGGAUUCCUGGUAAAUAACUCGCCAGGUUUGUGUUAUGAAACCACAUUUUGGUUUGAAAAUCUAGAGAAAGAUAUGAUUAAAAAUAAUAAUCAGGGGGAAUCAACAUUGAAAUUGAUUGAUAAAGCCAUCAAAUCUGCACAUUUGAGAAUAACAAUGUGCUUUUUAGGUCUUGUUGGGAUCUUUGCAAAUCAAGGUGGUGAUAGAUUAUCUUUAGAAGUUGUUUUGAAACAAGGUUGGAAUUUGAUAAAACUGCACUUUGAGGAUUGGAGAAAGCUGAAUAUAAUUGACAAGAAUGGAAACUUGAUUGUUCAGUCAAAGCAAAAGCUUUCAAGACAAAGCAACUUACAUCACCCACUUUUCUGGUUCCAUGACCUGAGUAAGCUUGCACAACCUCAAAGAUUACCAGUUGAUCUGGUGUACUAUCUCAAAGCAAAAUGGGAUAUGCAGAUACCAACCUCAAAGAUGGGUGUCAAUAACUUGGCUGCAUAUCAUUUAGAAAUCCAAUAUUUCCAUGAUGUGUAUAUGAAACCUAGUCAUGGUGGCUUUUAUGGAAGAGGAGAUAUCAGAAAUCUGGCAUUUAGAGGAGUAAAAUUGUUAGGAAAACACAUAACACCUGAGACCAGAAACUUUUCAACAUGGUAUAUAGUCUGCAAGAAACUGGCUGAGACUGCACAGUUUCAUUCACCUAUAGGAUUUGAUCUGUGUCAUGAGGUUCACAGUUUUUUUGUGUCAUUGAUUGAACACCUAUUGAACACUUACAAGGGAUUAUAUCAAUGUGAUAUAUCAUCCGCAGGAAAGACCCAAGGGGAAAAAAUAAAGGAUUUAUCUAUCUGUAAUCCCCAUGAUGAAAAUUUUGGAAGAAUUGUCCAAUCUAUCAGUUUGGCUGAGUACAGAGUGACUGUGGGUUUUAUAGGACUGGUGAGAGUACUUUACCAGAAGAAGAUCCAAGCUGAUACACUCAUCUUAUUACUGAAGAGUGCAUGGGAUUUCUUGAAAGGGAUAUUUUCAAAAUGGAAAGACCUCAAAUCGUAUAACAAUACUUUGGUAUUUGAUGGCAAGAAAAUCACGCAGAAUAAGUGGAAACUAGAUUAUUCAGAUCCUCAUGAAUUAUUCAAUGCAUUAUGGCAACAUGAAGAUUACCUAAGAAAUCCUAUACCACUUUAUUGUUUAAAAAGUCUUUUGAAGGCUUGGAAUAAAGAGCUAGAGUUCCUACAAAAGUUACAUCCAAAUUCUUUCAAUUUUGUCAUCCAGGUCUUAUCUGCCAAGACACCAUUAGAUUACAAAAAAUUGUUGUGA